ACCAAUUUUGAAAAAUCACAGAGAGUAGAAACAAAGGAAGGAAUUUGCGAGUGUGGAUAAGGAAGAAACCACGCAACACUCCAAUUAAAAUUCCCUCUCUCGCUAUAUAUUUAUAUAUUCCAUUCGCCUUUCAAUUUCAUUUCUUAAUUCCCUUCUCUCUCUCUUCACCUCUGAUCUGCGUCUGUUUUUUGCCGCCCAUUUUGCUGGGUUUCUUUUGUUAAGGGGUUUGAAGCUUCUUUUCAGUUUCUGUUUGUUGUUUUGUUUGUGGGAAUUUAAGGGUUCACAGUGGAUUUUCGAUCUGGGGGUUUUUGAGACCGAUCUUGGGCUUUUUACUUCUCUGGUUUUGUGUUUGGUCAAUGUGGGUGAGUCUUUUCUGAAGAUUUAACAAGUGAAAUAGGAGCGAGGAGGAAGAAGAAGAUGCCACAAGAUCAUCCAAAGAAGGAAGCCAAGGAAGUAAACUUUUUUACUGAAUAUGGGGAUGCUAACAGAUAUAAGAUUCUUGAAGUUGUUGGAAGGGGAAGUUAUGGGGUUGUUUGUUCUGCAAUUGACAUGCAAACUGGGGAGAAAGUUGCAAUAAAGAGAAUUCAUGAUAUUUUUGAUCACGCAUCUGAUGCUAUUCGGAUCCUUCGUGAAGUUAAGUUGCUUAGAUUGCUGCGGCAUCCUGAUAUUGUUGACAUCAAGCGCAUUAUGUUACCACCUUCUAAAAAGGAAUUUAGGGACAUUUAUGUGGUUUUUGAGCUUAUGGAAUCUGAUCUUCAUCAAGUUAUUAAAGCAAAUGAUGACUUGACGCGUGAACAUCAUCAAUUCUUCCUCUAUCAAAUGCUACGUGCAUUGAAAUUCAUGCAUACAGCGAAUGUGUAUCAUAGAGAUCUGAAGCCAAAGAAUAUAUUAGCAAAUGCCAAUUGCAAGCUUAAAAUUUGUGAUUUUGGACUUGCAAGAGUUGCUUUCAGUGAUACCCCAACGACUGUAUUUUGGACAGACUAUGUUGCUACUAGAUGGUACAGAGCUCCGGAGUUGUGUGGAUCGUUCUGUUCCAAGUAUACUCCUGCGAUAGAUAUUUGGAGUGUUGGCUGCAUAUUUGCUGAGGUUUUGAUGGGGAAGCCGCUUUUUCCGGGUAAAAGUGUUGCACAUCAGUUGGAUUUGAUUACUGAUCUUCUUGGGACCCCCUCAUUGGAAACCAUUGCAGGAGUUCGGAAUGAAAAGGUCAGAAAAUAUUUGACAGAAAUGAAAAAGAAAUCUGCAGUUCCAUUUUCACAAAGAUUUCCCAAGGCAGAUCCUACAGCCAUCCGCUUAUUGGAAAGACUAUUAGCAUUUAAUCCAAAGGAUCGACCAUCGGCUGUGGAGGCUCUGGCUGAUCCUUACUUUAAAGGCCUUGCCAAAGUUGAAAGAGAGCCUUCUUGUCAGCCUAUCUCAAGAUCGGAAUUUGAGUUUGAGAGACAGAAAUUAACAAAGGAUGAUGUUAGGGAAUUGUUGUACAGAGAAAUAUUAGAAUAUCAUCCUCAAAUUCGUGAAGAUUAUUUGAAUGGAACUGAGACUACAAAGCUACACUAUCCUAGCGUUACAGGCCAUUUUAAAAGCCAAUUCACCUUCCACAAGGAGAAUAACGGUAAAAGCGCACCUGUUUUACCUCUAGAACGGAAACACUUCUCCCUGCCACGGUCCACCGUUUGCACAAAUUUGGUUUCACCUGAUCAUGAAUCUGUUCGGCGAAAUCCCAAAGUUUGUAAUAAUAGUAUGGGAUUACCAGAUAGAACAUUUGGGAAUCCAUCGAAGGCUUAUCAUCCACCUAAAGUGCCUACUGGACGAGUUGCUGGACCUAUUCUCCCGUAUGAGCACCGAAACAUAAAAGAUGUUUAUUCAAAGCUAACCUCACAAAUUAGAAGUUUGGAUUUCUGAAUGAGGAAUUUUCUUAAUUCAAUCCCUGAUUUCCCGGCACUGUAAUUUGAUGAGAUUCUUGCACAGUUGUUCGCUUGUUCUGAAACUAACCGUUAUUACCUGGCACGAGCAACAGUAGAUCCGUAGAAUGAUUCAUCCAUUGGAGAACCUAAGAGAAGCUAUUGCAGGCUGAGGCUUAAGUUGGGAGUGGCAGCCAUUGCCUUUGCUGCUCAAUGAAGCAACUGAGAUAGGCAUAACCAACAGUAGUGUAUUUCUGAUUGAAAUGGAAUUGCUGUGGUUGUAGGCUUUAUGCCUACUUCCAAUGGUUUUUUUGUUAAAUGCAUUUGCGUCUUAUCAUCCCAUGUAAUUAUGAAUUCCUAAUUGUUGUAUAUACAUUUGAAUGAAGAUUUGUAUUUUGUAAUAUGGGCCAACUCUAUGUGAAUCAUAAUCAAUAAAAUGGUGAUAAGUUGGAGACUUUUUUCAAA